ACAACCUCUCCUGCAUUUUAUUUUCCCCAAAAUGAUCUUUCUCAUGGAAGAGUCUCACAACAAUCCAUGUGGCAAAACCAGUAGGCAGUGCAGGGGGUGGGACAGAAGGGAUGGUGGGGAGUUGGGGAGUAGGUUUUGCUGCUGAGGCUUCCCCAUGGUCACUGUCCCUUGGCUGCAUUGCUGUCCUAUCACCACACCUGAUUUAGGCUUUUAUGGGUCAUUUCCACUUUGAUCUGGGCUCUGGUUUUGUUCUGUGUUCUCUCCUUCGGGACAAGGGUUGCAGGUGGGAGAUCCCCACACAGCAAUCCACUCCACCCUCUGCUCCCCAGGCUGGGAAAUAUCAGAAGGAGCACCUGAAAUGCUUGCCAGAAGUUUUGGAGCCAGGAGCUCCCCCAGAGGCUGCCCAGCCCACUUCUGUGUGCCCAAAUCCGAGUGUGCAGCCCAGGGCUGGCCCCAGCCUGGCUCCGAGCACCCGCAGUGUCCCCACGCAGACCCCGGGGUCACCGCUGGGCUCCUGUGACACCUGCUGCAGCACCCAGGCCAGCCUCCGCGAGGUGGGCAGAGCCAUCACCAGCAUCUGCCAGAGCCAGAACAUCCCUUCAGCUCUCAGCAAAUUCCAGGAGGUGCUGGAGGACAGUGCUGGGAGAAGGAACCUCUCUGCAACAGACAUGAGCUACUGGGCCUCGGAGCAGAGCAAGGACCUCUCCCGGAUCAGCAAACACCUCCAGGAGCUGCUGCAGCAGGUGAACCCCGUGAAGGCUGAGCUGGAAGAGAUGGGCAAACAGAAGGAGAAGCUGCAGAAACAGGUUGAGGACUUUUCCAGGAAGCUGCAGGUAGAGAAGGACACCCAAGCAGAGCAGCAGAAGAAGGCUCAGCAGAGCCUGAAAGCCAAGGAAAAGGAGUAUUCCAAGGCUGUGGCCAGGCUGGAGCAGGACAAGGACGACCUCAGGAGAGGUAGAGAGCUGUUCCCAGCUGUUCCCAGCAUCCCCUCUGUCCUGGGUUGACACCCUCCCAGGCCCAGGGGCAUUUGCAGGAAGAACAGAGUCCAUGGGCAAAUUUUGGCCCCACCACAACCAGCAGGGCCUUUUGUAGGUGCUGGGGGAUUUUCCCUGAUGUGAGGCCAAUCCUGGGUAGUGGAAGCUGGUUGUGUGUGUCCUAUCAUGCUCUCCUCCCUAGUUACAGAGCACAAUCACUGCAUGAAAACACUUUGGUGUGGCUGUUUGCUGCCCCUUGGUUUAGUUGUUUCUGAAGAACUGAUUAAUGAGAGGAGUUUUGUGCUGGUUUAGGAGCUGCUCUGCUGGAGGAGCGACUCUCGGCCCUGAAGGAGGAGCUGGCAGCAAAGGAGGUGGCUGUGCAGGAGCUGGGUAAGGGGCUCACCCAGGGGCUCAGCCAGCUCACACAUCCCCCUCACCCUGGCCUCAUGAGUGUUUCACACCCUUGCAGCCCCCAGCACCCCCCAGACUGAGCUGUAGAGCUGUGGGGAUGGGCAGAGGAUGGGCUUCCUUCACAGCAGCACCCCAGCGUCACCCAGUGCCAGAGUGGGCUGAUGCUGGUGGAGGUUUGGGGGGUCACAGGCCUCCUGUCAGACCUGCCUCCCUUUGCCAGGGCUUGUGGAGGGCAUGGGGUGCCCCUGAACCAGAGAAUCAUGGACUGGUUUGCAUGGGCAGAGACAUUAAAGCCCAUCCCAUUUCACCCCCUGCCAUGGCAGGGACACCUUCCACUGUCCCAGGCUGCUCCAAACCCCAUCCAGCCUGGCCUUGGGCACUGCCAGGGAUCCAGGGGCAGCCACAGCUUCUCUGGGCACCCUGUGCCAGGGCCUGUCCACCCUCCCAGGAAAUAAUCUCUUCCCCCUGUCCCAUCUAACCCUGCCCUCUGGCAGUGGCCAUUGCCCCUUGUUCUGUCACUACAGGCCCUUGUCCAAAGUUCCUCUCCAGCUCUUUUGGAGCCCCUUUAGGCACUGGAAAGAGUUCUUAAGUUCUCUCUGGAGCCUUCUCUUCUCCAGGCUGAGCACCCCCAUCCCUCUCAUCACCUCCAUGGUCCUCCAGCCUCUCUCCCCUGCCCAGCCUGGGCCAUGGUGGCUGUGUCUUCCCAGAGCUCUCCAAGACCACCUUGCUGGAGGAGAUGAGGACCACAAUGGUGGCCCGGAGCCAGGUGCUGGAGUUGGAGGAGAAGGUGCAGGUGCUCACAGGCCAGAGGGACAGCCUGGAGCAGGAGCUGAGUGCCAGCAGCAUGCAGCUGGAGAAGGAGAAGGUCCGUGUGGAGAGCAUGUUCCGGCACGAGGAGGUACGGCCGGCUCCGGAGCCGUGGGACGGCUGAGCUGCUGCUGCUGUCAGGGCUGUGAGGAAUGGGUGCCACAGCCCCACACAGGCUCACCCACCACCACAGUCCCUGCAGGCCAAGCAGAGGACCCUGCUGCAGCAGCUGGACAGCCUGGACCAGGAGCGUGAGGAGCUGCAGGCCAGCCUGGGAGAGGCUGAGGAGGACAAGGCCCGGCUGGUGGAGCAGCUGGAGCAGAGCCAGGAGCAGAG